AUGUUAUUGAGGAAUCGCUCUUGUAACCAGGCGCGUAAUGAGAGGAUGGCGGCGGAUCAGUUCCCGCUCUUCAAGCUGGCAACGCAGAUCGCUCGGCAGAUGAGCUCCCCCAUCGCCUCCAGAGUCAAAGAACACGCCAAGAGCCAUCCGCGCUUCGGGACUCAGGUCUGCGUGCGCGUCGCCCACCUGUACCGCACGGUCGAAUGGAGCGCUCGCGUGUGGACACUCCGGCUGGCGGGCACCGCUCCUCCUUCGCUGCGCGCCGCAAAGGUCCCGCCCCUGCCUAGGCAGCAAGCCGUCGACUUGGGCGGAGACCUCAUAGGGGAGAUCGUGAUCUUCGGUAUCGGAUCGGCUAUCAUAAUAUUCGAAGUGAACCGUCAAGCGGCCAUCAAAGAGGUCAAGGUGCGAAUGUCGUUCCACGCGUCGACUCUUUUUUUUCUCAGGCAGCGCGUACUUGAGUCUGUGCGCUGUGCAGGUGCUGAAUCUGAAGUCGGAGUGGCUGCUCGCGAAGCUCAGUGUGGAGGAACUCAAAAGCGAAGUAGAGGCCCAGCAGCGGGACAUAGAUCGACUGCACGCGACGUUGGUGCAGAAGCUCGAGGCGCUCUCAUCGACCCCCCAACCUCCCGCCCCUUCCGGGACUCGGCCUCACUCGCCAAACCGACGCGGGCGUGGCGAUUCUUUUCGCAGUCCACCUAA